AUGGACGACUAUAAUCGUGAGAACAUUCGCGCCGCCUACCUGGCCCUUGAAGAGGCUGUAUUGGUGGUUCUUCGCACAAGCCGCCGAGAUGAGGCUCAAAUACACAGGCAACGAAACGACUGCUUCUCUCUCCUUCAUUCUGCUCAACAACAUCGCGAUGUAUUUGCCGUUGACGAAUUUUUGCGUCUGUGUCAGAACAUCCACGACAUGUUAAAUGACCUAGAGAACGCAGGGCAGACAGACCUUGAGGGUAUCAAACGACAAAAUCUAAAAGUUGUACAAUCCGGUAGCUCUACAUCUCGAGGCGGUCGACGACCUAUCGUCAUAGAAGAAGACUUCCUCCGACAAGCAGUCCAGCUCAGGCGACCUACACACAUUGCACGGACUCUCGGCUGCUCAGCUCGUACAGUGCGGCGGAGGCUUUUAGAUCUCAGUCUCGUCCCUGCCGGCCAGCCAGUGUUUCAGUCUUUCAUUCAACCGGAUGGGUCUGAUGAACUGCGACGCAACGACACCUGCGGUCAAUGGAGCCGACACACAAAUAUCUCCGACGAAGAGCUUGAUUCCCUGACGUUCGCAGUUCUCCAGCUUUUCCCUCAUGCAGGGAGGAGCAUGGUGAUGGGGCAACUGGCUAGCCAGGGUGUUCGUGUUCCUCGCUCGCGGCUCCGCUUAUCCAUUCAACGGUCAACUCAUUAUGGCAUCAUGACGGACAACAUGGGCUCAUCAGGUGGAAGUUGGUCACACAGAAAAUCGCGUUUCGUCACCGGUUUGCGAGUUCACAACAACAAUCGUGCAUUUACUGUCCUACGCCUGUUCCUCGAUGCGACAGCACGCUAUGGCGUUCCUAGCAGAGUUCGAGGAGACCAUGGUGUUGAAAAUGUUCAAGUUGCGGAAGUAAUGGAGCAUCUUCGUGGUCCAGGACGGGCUCAUAUAUUUUUGGGAGGAGCAUACACAACACGCGGAUUGAACGUCUUUGGCUGGACUGGACUCAAGGCUUGGGAGUCAAGUGAUCACGAGGUUCAACGCGAUGCUCGUGUAAUGGACCAUCACUUCGCCCACAAUCCCCGAGAGCUGGAAUCUAUUCCCGCAAGACUUAAUUCGGUUGUUUGUGAAUCGCCUGAAUGCCCCUUAUCCCCUAUUCAAAUGGCAACUCUCGACAGUGGGCUGAAGGAUGCUGGACUGGAUAUGUGUACCGUUCUCAACAUGGACAUGCACAAGCUUAUAUGGCAAGAAGCUCUGCGCAUUGUUGUCGAUCUUCUAUCGUAG